AUGGAGUUAAAUAAAUCGGAAUUUGAAUUGGACCAGUACGAUGAUGAAAUAAUAUCUCAGGUACAGAUGGAUAGCGAGUGUAGUAAUAUAGGUAAAAGUAAAAGAAACAGGGAUGAAGAAGAAAAUGAAUGGAUGUUGGUAAAGAGAAAAGAAAAGAUUGUUAAAGUUGGGCACGAUAAAAUUGAGGUGUAUAUUUCAAGUAAUGAGAAGUUACCUAAGCAAUUUGGCUUAGCUAGGUUGUUGAAGGAGCAACAAAUUUUAGACAUAUCUAGAGUUAAAUAUUUAAACCCGUACAAAGUGCGUUUAGAUAUUACUAAUGAGAUGAGUGUAACCAAGUUGGAAACAUGUAAAGCGUUGAUUGAAAGGGGUUGGAAAGUUCAAAAAGCUAUGGAAAAAAGCGUUUCAUAUGGGGUUAUUAGGGAUGUUGAUAUGGAAUUAGGUGAUGAGGAAAUACUUAAGAACAUUUCAUGUCCCAACAAUGCAGAACUUCUUUCCAUCAAGCGACUGCAAAGACGAAGUGCAACAGGAAGUGGUUGGGUUCCUAGUGAAUCAAUACAACUUUGUUUCAAGGGAUCGUUUCUACCAGCAUACGUACACGUUGAGGGUUUGAGGAUUAAAGUGGAUCCAUAUGUGUUUCCGGUGUCACAGUGUUCGCGCUGUUGGAAAUUAGGCCAUACAAUUAAAAAAUGCCCAUAUAACAAAGUAGUGUGUCCUAAGUGCGGCGAAAACCAUGAAAAUUGUAAUAUAAAUACCUACAAGUGUGUUAAUUGUACAGGUAAUCACAUGUCCUUGGCCAGGACCUGCCCAGCAUAUCAGCGGGAAAAAAGACUGAGGGAAUUGAUGGCAGAGUUUAACUGUACAUAUAGAAAAGCGCUUACAAUUAUUGUAACACCUAGCUCUCCGGUGCAAGAGACAAACACCUCGAACAGUGAAAUAACCGGUUUAAGGUCGGAAGCUCCGCAAGCUCAGUCUACCUCAUAUAACCAGGGCCGCGAACAUGACCAGGUUACGUUUGCUCAGGUGGUAAGACUGAGGCAAUAG